AUGCUGUGUGUGCAGAUCCAACUCCUGGUUUGUUCCAUGCUGCUAGUUUGCUGCAGUUUGGCUGAAGACGAUGCAGCUUUGAGUCAAGACCAAGUGCCCUACUUUUUGAACAAAGGGAUGUUUAUCAUCCAAAGUGAACAUCUCAAUCUGUGCAUUAAAGCAGAUACAUUUAGACUUGUUCUUGAAGACUGCAAUCAACUUUCCAAAUAUAUGUUGUGGAAAUGGGUAUCGAAACGUCAUCUUUUCAACAUAGGCAGAAGCACUUGUCUAGGACUGAACAUCAGUAAUGAAGAGCAACCAUUAAGCCUGUUAGAAUGUGAUUCUGCUCAGCAUUCAUUAUGGUGGAACUGUAAGGGAAAGCUGUUGGUUGGUGCAUCACAAUACAAACUAGCAGCUGAAAAUGGCAAACACAUUGUGGCAAAAAGAAUCACUAAUCACGAGUGGAAGCAGUACAUGUCCUAUGAUGAAGAUCUUUGUGAACGUCCAUUUCAAGAAACAUAUACCCUGCUGGGAAAUUCUCUUGGUCUCCCUUGUAUUUUUCCAUUUAAAUAUAAGAACAAAUGGUACUACGAAUGCACCAGAGAGAGCAGGGAAUUUUACUGGUGUGCCACAACAAGUCAGUAUGAACGAGAUGAAAAAUGGGGGUUUUGCCCAAAUGCUGAGCCUGGGAGUGAUAUUUUUUGGGAGAAGAACCCUGACACCCAAAUUUGCUACCAGUUCAAUCUUUUUUCUAUUCUUUCUUGGAAUGAGGCACGUGUUGCCUGUCAGACACAAGGAGGAGAUUUGCUGAGUAUUGCAGACAUGGCAGAACAGAAGUAUAUAAGUGAGAAGUUAAGCACUAAAGGAAUUCUGCUAUGGACAGGGCUAAAUAGACUGGAUGAAUCUUCUGGCUGGCAGUGGUCCGAUGGAGCACCAUUGGCAUUUGUGAACUGGAGAUCAAGUCUCACCAAUAGCGCACUUGGAGAAAAUCACUGUGUGGUGUUUAAUUCAAAGGCGCAGUAUGACUGGCAAAGUUAUAAAUGUGAAUCUGGAUUGCCUUAUGUAUGCAAAAAAUAUGGAAAUAGUACAGAAUAUGAAACAUUUGGUAAGUCUCUCAAUGAUAUAUGGAAGUAUCAUCCUACCCGCUGUAACACUGGCUGGUAUCCCUACAACCGCAACUGCUACAAACUUCAUAAAGAGGAAAAGAGCUGGAAUGAGGCUUUACUCUCUUGCAAGACUGAUAAUAGCAAUCUCAUUAGUAUAACUUCCUUGGCAGAUGUGGAGUUAUUUAUUAACCUUCUUGAAGAUGAAAAUGUAACCGAAACAUGGAUUGGCUUGAACAGUAAUAAAACCCCAGUUAUUUUUCAAUGGUCUGAUGGCUCCUCAGUAACCUUCACUAACUGGCACAAACAAGAGCCUAAUAUCUUUCAGAGAACAAGUCAACUUUGUGUUUCAGCACAAGGAUCUGCAGGACACUGGCAAGUUAAAAAUUGUGAGGAUAGAUAUUUUUACAUUUGUAAAAUAGCAGGACAGCUUGAAAAUGACACGUCCAAGGAGGAAUCAGACUGUCCAGGGGGAUGGGAGAGACAUGGUGGAUUUUGUUACAAAAUCGACAAUACCCCUCGAAGUUUUGAACAUGCUUCCAGUGGCUAUUACUGUCCUCCUUCACUCGUAACAGUAACAAACAGAUUUGAACAAGCUUAUAUCAACAGUAUGAUUCGUAGCAUGGUGGAAACUGAUAAUACCUAUUUUUGGAUAGCCCUACAAGACCUUAACAAUACAGGAGAAUACUUCUGGCUAACUACAGAGGGGAAGAAUCAGCCUGUGAGCUAUACAAACUGGAACAAGCAUCAGCCAAGCCAUUCUGGAGGUUGUGUUGUUGUUCGCAGAGGGCAGCCUCUUGGUUACUGGGAGGUGAAAAACUGUAAAAGCUUCAAAGCUAUGUCAUUGUGUAAGCAAAAAAUUGAAUCAUAUGAAGAAAACAAGCCUAAUUUUGAAGAACCUUUGGAUGUAUGUUAUCCUGGAUGGGAAUCAGAAUCUAAUCUGAUCAACUGCUAUAAGGUAUUUCACAAUGAGAAAGUCCUGAUGAAAAGAACAUGGGAUGAAGCAGAAGCAUUAUGCCAAGAUCUUGGAGCACAUCUUGCCAGCUUUACCCAUGUGUAUGAAGAGGAUUUUUUGAACAUGUUUUUAAACAAAACGUUUGAUCGGGCUGAAGAAAGACAAUUCUGGAUUGGAUUUAAUAAAAGAAACCCCUUGUCUGGAGGAACAUGGGAGUGGUCUGAUGGAACUCCUGUUGUAUCUGCAUUUUUACAGAGCAUAUAUGUUGAAGAUGAUUCAAGAAAUUGUGCUGCAUACAAAGUAAAUAGAACAAUCCUGCCAUUGCAUUGCAAUGGGAAGCGUGAAUGGAUAUGCAAAAUACCAAAAGGUGUUAAGCCAAAGAGUCCACAGUGGUACAUAAAUGAACCACCAUGGUCUUAUUAUCAAGGAGCAGAAUACCUCUUUCAUAUUAGUGCCUCAGAGUGGACCAUCUUUGAGUUCAUCUGUGGUUGGCUUCGUGGUGAAAUAGUCACAAUACAAUCCUCUAAUGAACAAGAAUUUAUUCACAGUAGAAUAAAACAGCUAUCAAAAAAUGACAUACGCUGGUGGAUUGGAUUGCACUCUGAAGUAUCUAGUGAUGGAUUUCGGUGGAGAGAUGGGUCACCAUUAGUAUAUGAGAACUGGAAUGAAGGAAAAGAAAGAUCUGUGCGCACACAAGGUGAAAGAUGUGGCUUCAUUUCAUCACAGACAGGACUCUGGGGUGAUGAAAACUGUACCAUUUCUCUUCCUUCUAUUUGUAAGCGUAAAAUUGUAUGGAUAAUAGAGAGAGAAAUUCUAAAAAACCAGAACCAGCAAGGAGUAUGUCCCAAAGGAUGGCUGUACUUUGGAUUCAAGUGCUUUUUGAUACAAAUUCCAAAGGAUCCAGACCAUCUGACGAACUGGUAUUCUGCGCAAACUUUCUGCAGUGAACAGGAUGGGUCACUAGCUUCUAUUGAAAAUGAAGUAGAACAAGCUUUCAUAACAAUGAAUCUGUUUGGACAGAAGACUAGUGUUUGGAUAGGUCUGCAGAGUGAUGAUUAUGAAAAAUGGGUGAAUGAACAUCCGAAGUUAUAUUCCAAUUGGUCUCCAGUUGAAGUAGUUCAUGGUCAGAGAUAUAACAGUGCUAAUAUUCAAGAACAAGUUCCAUUGUGUACCUUGGUAUCAAAUAACCCUAAUUUUCAUUUUACGGGAAAAUGGUACUUAGAAAGCUGUCAGAAAAAUUAUGGUUUUAUCUGCCAAAAGACUCAAGAUACAUCCAAACAUGCCAUAGAUGCAUCUGAGAUGUAUCCAGUACCAGAUACUUUAGAAUAUGGAAACAGAACAUAUAAACUAAUACAUGGGAAUCUGACUUGGUUUGCUGCUUUAAAAACCUGCAUGGCAAAUGGAACUGAAUUGGUCAGCGUUACGGACCAUUAUCACCAAGCCUUCCUCACUGUCAUUGUAAACAGACUAGGAUACGCCCAUUGGAUUGGACUGUCUACCUCAGAUAAUGGGCUUAACUUUGAGUGGUCAGAUGGUACCAAGUCUUUGUUUACCUUUUGGGGAGACGAGGAGUCACCGUCACUGGGCAGCUGUGUUUAUAUUGAUAUUAAUGGGCAGUGGAAAAGUGCUAACUGUGAAAGACUUCUACAAGGAGCAGUUUGCCAUGUGCCAACUGAAAAGAAACUAAUUGAAUACAGAGGCUUAUGCUCAGAAAAAAAUGUCACCUGGAUAAAAUUUAGAAGCAAUUGCUACAGGUUUUCCACAGUUUUCGAGAGUACAAGUUUUGAUACAGCAUAUGAAUUUUGCAAAAAGCAAGGAUCUAACCUUUUAACUAUUAAAGAUGAAGAUGAAAAUGCUUUUGUUCUGGAAGAACUGCACCAUUUUGGUUCUUCUGUCCAAAGGAUUUGGUUGAACAUUCAGUUUGUUGUGGACAAUGACACAGUAACAUGGAUUGAUGGUUCUCCCUUAAAUUAUUCAAACUGGGGCAUCAGGGAGCCUGACUUGGAUCAUCUCAAAGGGAAUUUUUGUGUUGCUUUGAGGACCACAGAUGGAGUAUGGCAAUUAUCUCCCUGCAGAGAGAAAAAGGGAUUUGUAUGUAAAAUGGAUACAGAUAUCUUUGCAACAGUGCAAACAGUAAAAGCAUCACACAGUGGGAUCGUAGCUCUAGCUGUAAUGGUGACACUGGUGAUGGUGGCUGCUAUGUCUACAUUUCUGUGGUGCCUGUACAAACAGAACAACAGUCUCUUCAAUAGAGUACAAUGGUUCAGAAAUCCAGGUUAUUCACAAAUGAACUCUGAAGAUCUAGCUGUGGAAGAAAGCAUCCUCAUUUCUGAUCUUGAGAGAAAUAGUGAAAAUUAA